AUGGCUUUGAAAGAUAUCCUCACUCGUCCUUCGUCCAGUGGAGGAAACAAGAAGAGGUCCAGCACUCGCGAACCUGCGCCUGCCCUACCUAUAACAAGCCCUUCGAAGUCAAGCCAAAGUCCAAGGAAGAAUCACAGCAAGAUAGGAUCUUUACACCGCCUGAGCCUGUCCUUCCAUCGCAACUCCCUCUCCAAUGAGACCAGCUUUGGCCAAUACCUGACUCAGGAACCUGGCGAGAUCUCACGCAAGAACUCUUUGGCGGUCGGAGAUGCCGAUCCACUUUCGCGUCCAGGCACGAGCACUACCCCCAAAGACGAGAUUGAGCAGUCGCAGUCGAGUUCCGGGCCUUUGUUGCGGAAAACUGUCGAAGAGGAGGAGCAACGAAUUGAGGAGGAAGUCACCCCCAAACCACAGCGCUUUAGCCUCAUGAAGUUCAAACAUGCCUCAGAACCUCAACUAUCUACGCGUUUCAAGGAGAAGGAGUCCACCACUGAUAUCGAAACUGCUCCUUCGCCACCACCUCCUCGCAUAAUCACUACUGCGCCAACUCAGCAGCUGGACGAAAGACCACCCAAGAAGAAAGAGAGGCUGCUGCCACGCACAUUCAACAGCUUCAGAAAGAGCAUGAUUAUACGUGAAGAUGGUCUAUACCAGUCCAGUCAUUUGUCGUCUGUCCAGAACAACGACGGAACAGCUUCGUCCUCUCCCAACCUCAUUCGUGCCAUGUCUCAGCACAGUCCGUGGAAGAACAAUGUCGACGUCCUGUCACCUCCUGCUUAUGGAGACGAAGGCAAUUCCAUGCUUGCCACCCCUGUCCCAAGGAUAUCAGAAUCUGGAGGCUCCGAAGGCAGUUCGGGUUCUCACAGACUCUACGCCCAAACCACGACCACCCGCAUCACUGAGACCACUACCACGAUCUUCAAGCUAAAGCCGAAUAAGAAGAAAAAAUCCAAAGACAAAGGUCCUCUCUUUCCUCUACCUGAGAGGCUACCUCAUCCUGGCUCAGGUCGAACAAGCAUAUCGAAUGCGAACGAUUCUAAUGAUGCUUUCGCUACUCAGAGAUCCACAUCCCCGAGCAGGAGGUCUACUCAGGGCAUAAGAUGGCGCACAAACGUAGAUCGAGACAAUACUCCAGUCCAAUCACCAGCUGCCUCUGCGACUGCUUUGACAAAUGCUCCUCUCGGUUCACCUGGUCCCUCCAUUUCUCGAAUGCAAUCCAGUGUGUCCGUAAACUCUGGUGACACUACUCCUACCAGCUCAUUAGCACCUCCUCGGCUCGGGGCUAGAGGCCGCUCGUCGACCAUGGGGUCCUUGGGACGAUCCUCCGAUCGCUAUGGUGACAUACCACCAUCCAGCAGAAACUCCACAUCCACAACUGGCAGACGCAGUUUCGGCGAUAUUCUCACUCAACGCCUGCGAAAAGAUUCUGCUCCUGUACGACACGGCUCUGGCUCAGGCAGUACUCCGGGCUCAAAGUCAAAUUCUUUUCAGCUUGCUCGUGAGCCAGAGCCAGAACUUACCUACCCACGACGCGAGGAAGAAGAUACCCCUGCCACCUACCUUGAAAGACUCGAAGCGGCUGUACCCAGAGGCGCCAUGGCCACCGUUCUCUGUAAGGGCGCAGACGACUUCUCUAAAACUUGUUUGAGGAAGUAUAUGAGAGGCUUUUCUUAUUUUGGCGAGUCGAUCGACUUCUCAAUCCGGAAAAUGCUCAUGGAGGUGAUCCUGCCAAAAGAAACUCAACAGAUAGACCGACUGUUGGCUGGCUUCGCAGAUCGUUAUCAUGAAUGUAAUCCGGGUAUCUUCACGAAUGCCGAUGAGGCAAAUUUCCUGGCAUUUUCGAUCCUUCUUCUGCAGUCGGACAACCACAAUAAAAACAACAAGCGAAAGAUGACCAAAACAGACUACAUCAAGAAUACCCAAAAUGGUCGUAUCUCCGUUGCCGAGGAUGUACUCGAAUGUUUCUAUGACAAUAUUUGCUACACACCUUUCAUUCACUUUGACGAUGAGGUAGCUGUGAACAACCAUCGACUUACCGUGCCAAGACGACGGACCGGAUUACGAAGAGCAAAGAGCUCAGAAAUGCUUCGUGGUCCUGUGGAUCCAUAUACAUUGAUCUUGGACAAUAAGCUCGAGGCUCUGCGGCCGUCGUUGAAAGAUGUGAUCGAGACCGAGGACAGUUAUUCCACUGCACCCGUUGACUCCAACGACAACCACCGAGCCUUCGUACACGCCGCUGUCAUACAAAUAGUCUCAGCACGAUCGCGGCCUGAUGCCUUCACGAAUCAGGCAACUAUUACAAAUCCAGCAGAAGCUCAAGUGGGGCUAGUUAGCAUCAAAGUUGCCAAGGUCGGUCUGUUGUGGCGCAAGUCUACAAAGAAGAAGAAAGCUAAGAGCCCAUGGCAAGAAUGGGGCGUCAUCCUGACCGAUACCAAGUUGUAUUUCUUCAGGGAUGUUGGCUGGGCAAAAAAGCUUGUCGCGCAAUACGAAGGUCACACCAGAACGUCGUCACGUAACAUGCCCUUGGUCUUCAAGCCUCCGUUGACGUCGUUCGAUCCUGACGCAUGGAUGUCACUGGAAGAUGCUGUUGCUUUACUGGAUUCGAGCUAUAAGAGGCACAAAAACGCAUUCACAUUUAUCAAGCAUGGCGGCUUUGAAGAAGUGUUUUUGGCCAAUAGUGAAGUUGACACUGUAGACUGGAUCAGCAAGCUCAACUAUGCCGCGACCUUUAGGACUGCAGGAGUGCGCAUGCAAGGAUUACUAGGCACGAAUUACGAAGGCCGCAAUCUGUUUCGUAAAGACUCCGAGAUCUCAAUCAGAACCGACACGUCCCACACGACGGAUCGACAGCCAUCAGCUGCAGGCAAGACUGAUCCACAACUAGCUUGGGAAAUCAUGUUCUAUAGAAGGCAGCUUGUCAGUGAGAAGAUAAGUGCGCUUGAUGAUCAUGUCGCCAAUGCUCAGAAGGAGCUUGAUUACUUACUUAGGAAUGCUCGGCAUCUACUCGUCCUGCUGCCGGUUCAGCAGAAAACUCGAGAGGGAGUUGUCUAUGCUGCAGGACGGAUGAAUGCCAAGUUGAAAUGGACAAGAAGAGAGAUAUGGCGUGCUAGGACACAUCGGGACAUCUUGAUUAAAGAUCUGGAAGCUGAGGCGACGCAAGCCUUCCCGGCACCGCUGACUCGGACUCCUGCAGUCAACACUCCUGCUAAGACGACUCCUACGAAGACGAACAAGGACGCUUUGGUGCGUUCCGAGACAGAUCAAACUCUUCGCUCAAACGUGACGAGAUCAUCAGCAGUCACUACUCCUGCUAGUGCCAGCGCUCGCAGAAGGCCAUCGCAGACGAUCCUCGAACAGAUUAGUACAAGUACCGAAGAGCCACCUGAAAUGUCACAACUUCGCCGUCGGUCCGCGAAUAGCAUACUAUCUAUGUCUCCUAAACCUAGUCCGCGAUACAACGAAGAUAUCACAAGUGAAGGACGAGACGGGACGCCUUCGAUCCGGACUAGUCAUUCUAGGCGUUAUUCGGCAGGUGGCGACAGUCAGGCAGCCACUGAUAUUGAUGCUGAGGACUUCCUGGGAUCCCCACAUACCGGCAUUGAUGGAACGUUUGAGCACAGGUUUCAACGUGGUAGUGAAUCGGAACACGAUCGACCUACACGACCACAACCACUCCACCUUGUCGAAUCCCCCAAGUCUCCCAAAGAACGUACGAGCAGUGUGCGCCGCAGUCUCCACCGCACUCUCCGCGAUGCCUCCGGGAAUCACAGCAUAAACAUGCGUGUCCCUCAUCAUGCCCGUAGUCAGAAAGGGAAAGAUUCGGGAUCGAGCUUCGCCGCAACCGACGACAAUCGAAGCUUCAUGUCUGGCGAAAGCGAAGAACUAAAACGAGAUCCUACCGGUCGAUUUGUACUACAUGGCAAGAAAGCUAGCGUCAUCACAAUGAGUCCGGAAUGGCAAUUGUCAAGUGAAGAUCGAAUCAAACUUCGUGAGCAGCUGCUAAAAGAGCAAGCUAGUGAAGAUGCCAGCAAGCAGCUUGAAGACACACGUGCUCAUUUACACGUUGACACUAGUAUGAUCGAUGCGGGCCGCAAAUCGGUUGAUGGUGAGCGAAGCAUGACCGGUGGUGAUGUUAGCCCGACGACGUGCGAAGUUCGAGAGGUGGACGAAGAAGACAGAGACGAACAGUUUCAUUCUGCUGACCUGCCUAAGGACUCUCGAAGGAAUACAGCGGACUCAAACCGAUUCAGCGCCUAUUCGGCGGUGACUGCGCCAACUGGGCAUGGUGAGACUUUUCACAGCGCCGAGAGCAGUCCGAGGGUACUGUAUAAGUACAAUCAGGGUUCAGCGGAGGACCAGGACCCCAAACAGCAGCACAGUAGAAAGCCCACUGCCGAAGCAGAAGACAGUGCUGAAGACGACGAAAAUGAUAGCGAGAGCGAAGUCGAUGAACAUGAGGAGCCUACCUUCGUUGUUAGGGACUUCGAUGGUUUAGGCAUCGUGAGAAAGCCGAAUACGCAGGAGUUAGAUGGCGGAACAUAG